CUAUAGCACCUGCUCCAGUCCCCACCAGGCUCAGUGCCCCAUCCCUUCGCAGAAUUUCUUGCAGCCACCUCAUACUCAUACUUACCACAAGUAGUAACGCUGUAACUUCAAGAGGAGUCACGCAUAGCGUGCUAGGGUAGUCGGCGAUAGGUUAGUCCGCCCGAGGAUGUUCUACUUCCUGACGCUCAGCAAGUCACUGGACAUCCAUCCUAAGCACUUUGGAUCUAAGCUGCGGGAGGUCAUUCGUGAGAAGCUUAUUGCGGAGACGGAAGGUACCUGCACUGGCAAGUACGGCUAUGUGGUGGCGGUAACCAAGGUGGACGACAUUGGCCGGGGCCGCAUCCGCCAGGACCAGUCGGGCUACGCCACCUUUGAGGUGUCGUACGGCUGCAUCGUGUGCCGCCCCUACAAGGGCGAGGUGCUGGACGCGGUGGUCACCUCCGUCAACAAGAUGGGCUUCUUCGCCCAGGCAGGGCCGCUACAACUGUUCGUCACACAGCAUUUAAUUCCGGACGAGUUCGAGUUUGACACGAGUGACGAUAAUAGCUGGAUAUCAAUGGACCAGACCACUCGCAUCCAGGGCGGCACGCACGUGCGUAUACGCAUCGUGGGCAUCAAGUACGACCCCUCAGAAGUGUUUUGUAUUGCAACCAUGAAGGAGGACUACCUUGGAGUUAUAGGCAGCGAGGCGGCGUGAGAGGCGGCCUGGCAACGUGAGAGGCGGCGUGACGGCGGUAGAGGCGGCCUGGCGGCAGGAGAGGCGGCCUUGGCAGCGGGAGAGGCGGCCUUGGCAGCGGGAGAGGCGGCCUUGGCAGCGGGAGAGGCGGCCUUGCCGGCGGGAGAGGCGGCCUUGGCAGCGGGGAGAGGCGGCCUUGGCAGCGGGAGAGGCGGCCUUGCCGGCGGGAGAGGCGGCCUUGGCAGCGGGGAGAGGCGGCCUUGGCGGCGGUAGAGGCGGCCUUGGCAGCGGGAGAGGCGGCGUGGCGGCGGGAGAGGCGGCCUUGGCGGCGUGAGAGGCGGCCUUGGCAGCGGGAGAGGCGGCCUUGGCGGCGGGAGAGGCGGCCUGGCGGCAGGGAGAGGCGGCCUGGCGGCGGGAGAGGCGGCCUGGCGGCGGAAGAGGCAGCCUGGCGGCGGGAGAGGCGGCCUGGCGGCGGGAGAGGCGGCCUGGCGGCAGGAGAGGCGGCCUGGCGGCGGGGGAUGCCUUGCAUGGUGGUGGGGUUUUGAGGGGCAUGACGUGGGUGUCACGGAGGCAUACGGCUUGGGGUGAGGUCCGCGUGUGUGUUGGUCGCGCCAGGAAUCGGUGGUGAAAGGGGUGCGGCGCACACGAGGAACGCUAACAUGCGCGGGGAGCAUGUAGCUGGAGGUCAGGAGCAGGGGGGGCGGCUGAACCCGUAUAAAACUCGGUUGCAAGCGGCGUUAGGGACAUGGCAAAGGAAGCAAGUGGCUGACAUAGUUGAGUCCUGAGGAACAAAUUGCAGGCGGCCUGAGGUGCCGGAAGCUUGGUGCGCGAAUGUCCGUGCACCGUUUGAUCAGUGCAUACACACACUU